GUGGCUCUUUGCUGACUGCAGACGCCGUAGCUCCCCGCACCUGUAUGUUACUGCAGUGAGACGCUUCUGCCGGCAUGGUAUAGUAUAUAUAAGGGCAAGCAGCAUAUGAUCGACUAUAGCUUUGGGGGUGUUUCCCCUCUUCGUCCCAAGCAAACCACCACCCCUCCUACCAGAAUUCGCCUCCCCGCUUUACAAUGACUGCCACAGUUCGCGUUGGUGCCGUACAGGCUGAGCCAGUAUGGCUUGACCUUGAUGGAAGCGUCGACAAAACCAUUUCCCUUAUCGAGAGCGCCGCUGCAGAUGGAGUUCAGGUGCUUGGGUUUCCCGAGGUCUGGAUUCCUGGAUACCCGUGGUCUAUGUGGACUUCUAGUGUCAUCGAGAACUCCCACAUCAUCCACGACUACAUGGCCAACUCGAUGCGGAAAGACUCCGAUCAGAUGAGACGUAUCCUCGCUGCAGUGAAGAAGGCGGGCAUGUUUGUGGUUCUUGGAUACAGCGAAAGAGAUGGUGCUAGUCUCUACAUGGCACAAUCGUUUAUCUCUCCAGAGGGCGAGAUAGUUCACCACCGCCGAAAGAUAAAGCCCACGCACAUAGAGCGGACAAUAUGGGGAGAUGGGCAAGCCGAGUCGCUUAAGUGUGUCGUGCCAUCCAAGUUUGGCAAUAUUGGUGGCUUGAAUUGUUGGGAGCAUUUGCAACCUUUGCUUCGUUACUACGAAUACUCGCAGGGAGUUCAAAUACAUGUUGCAAGUUGGCCCGCAGAGUUCGAGAUGCCAGAUCCCGCAAAACUUAAGUGGCUAUACCACGAAACAGGAGAAGCAAGCUACCGAGCUAGCCAGUUCAUGGCUAUUGAAGGACAAUGUUUUGUCCUUGUCGCAUCACAAAUCCUAACCGAGAAGAACCUGGAAAAAAACAACCUUUCCGGCAACCCAGUCACGAAGACGCCUGGUGGUGGAUUUUCCAUGAUAUUUGGACCCGACGGUAAACCGCUUUGCGAGCCCAUCGGCGCUGGCGAGGAGCGUAUCCUGACAGCGGAUGUCAAUCUGCGAGACAUCGACUACCCUAAGGCGUUUAUCGAUGUUGUUGGUCAUUAUGCAAGGCCGGAUCUGCUCAGCUUAUUGGUGAACCCCACCCAGGAUUUACAUGUGACGAAAAUGGCAAAGUAGGUGUGGACAUUAUGGCCAUGAGAUGGUGAGUGGAUUAUACGUGGUGGUUGGCAGUACGUGGUAGAGGUACGUGGUGAUGGUAGUGAUGGUUGUAGUGACGGUGAUAGU